AUGUGCAGGGAUUUGAAGACAGCAAGCACAGCCGAGUCCCCCGGCCUCUCCGCAUGCAUGGAACAGCAGAUGGGCGCUGGCGCAGAGUCUGCAGACGACGGGUCCGGGUGCUGCUCGGGCUCCGAGUCUUCCUUCUUUCUUGGCGGUAGGUUGCCUGCAGUUUGGUUCUGCGACGACACGGACGAUGACAGCAACCGCUCUUUUGAUGCGGUGGGGAAGACCUCCGAGAAGAAAGAGGUUAAGAGUAUCCUUGACGGCCUCUCGGAAUCCCCUGCUGCUUCGAAGGAUGAGGAGCUGGAACCUGAAGCUGACCCCACGGAUGCCACGCAGUCUGCUCCGCGUUUUCGGCCUGGAGAGGAUUAUGAAGUCAGAGGCUCUCCUGGUUUCGUGCUUCACCAGAUUGGCCAAUGCAUUCCGUGCCUCUACCAUACCCGCAAGGCAGAUGGAUGCCAUAAAGGCGAUGCGUGCGAUCACUGCCAUCUCUGCACCAAAAGAGAAGCCAAGACACGCCGAAAUCGAAUUCAGCUGGAGGCGCACAAGGCUCAGAGGCGACUCGCCCGAGCCAGGGCCCAGGUUGCUCGUGCAUCGAAGGAUUCUGAUAGUCAAGAAAGCUAG